CGACCCAGCCAGCCCAUGGUAGAUAAAUCCCAGCAGACUGAAGUAACAGAGAAAAAGAAACAAUUGUCUAUACCACAAUCAUCUGGCCCCAAAGUUGCCCUUAGUAUUGGUAAUAUUCCUGGAAGCAAAUUAAACUAUGAAUGUCAUAGAGUAUCUUCUCAACUUCAGCAAACUUGGAUAAAGAGAAAGCGUGUACAGGAUAUGGCUGAUAAGUCUCUGCAGACAGAAACUAUUGCAGAAGAGAAAAAAGAAGAAAUCAAGUUAGUUUGUGAAGCAGUGGUACCUGAGGAAAAGCCAGCUGCUGUUGAAGUAGGUCCUGAAUUUCCAGAGAGUGUUCAGGAAGUAGAAGUUCCACCAAGCAGAUACUCUGCUCAAGUCAAAACAGACAGAUCUCAGCAGACUAGUUGUACUGGAGACUGGACAAUGAUGAACUUUCCUCAAAAAGAUAAACUAGACAAGGAACAGCAGACAUACUUUAGUGAAUCAGAAAUAGUGGCUAUUGGAUGGUCGACUAAUUCUUUUUCAAAGUCAAAGGAAGGUGCACAGAAGCGCAAAUCUUCAGGGAGUAUUUUUGUUAGUGAACAUCCUGAAUUCCAACCCACAACAAGUAGCAAUGAAGAAACUAGGCGGCAAAGUAUUAGCAGAACAUUAUCUAUUCCACCAACCAAAAAAGAUUCUCCUGUACCUUUAGAAGAUGAGAAAGAUGUUCCAGUUGAAGUACAACCUCCUGCUGCAGAAGAGAUCUCUGCUGAAGAACAACUUCCACUAUAUGAGACUACUGCAGAAGCAGUUCCUGUGGAAGUUCAGCCUCCACCAAGUGAAGAGGCUCCUCUUGAAGUACAGCCUUCCCCAGCUGAAGAGGCUCCUGGAGAUGAGGCCCCUGCUAAAGUAGAGCCUAUGCCAGCCGAAGAGGCUCUUUCAGAAGAGCCUCCUGCUGAAGAGGCUCCUGUUGAAAUACAGCCUUCCCCAGUGGAAGAGGCUGCUGGAUACGAGGCCCCUGCUAAAGUAGAGGCCACCUCAUCCGAAGAGACUCUUUUAAAAGAGCCUCUUACUGAAGUUCAGCCUCCUGAAGCUGAAGAGGCUUCUACACAAGAGGCCCCAGAACUUCAACUUUCACCAGCUGUGGAGUCCCCUGCAGAAGAGGCCCCAGCUGAAGCUGAGCCUCCACCAGCUGAGGAGUCCCCUGCAGAAGAGCCCCUAGAGGUUCAGUCUCCACCAGCUGAGCAGACCCCUGCAGAAGAGGCCCCAGAAGUUGAGCCUCCACCAGCUACAGAGGCCCCUGCAGAAGAGGCCCCAGCUGAAGUUGAGCCUCCACCAGCUGAAGAGGCCCCUGCAGAAGAGGCCCCAGCUGAAGCUGAGCCUCCACCAGCUGAAGAGGCCCCUGCAGAAGAGGCCCCAGAGGUUCAGUCUCCACCAGCUGAGGAGGCCCCUGCAGAAGAGGCCCCAGCUGAAGCUGAGCCUCCACCAGCUGAAGAGGCCCCUGCAGAAGAGGCCCCAGAGGUUCAGUCUCCACCAGCUGAGCAGACCCUUGCAGAAGAGGCCCCAGCUGAAGCUGAGCCUCCACCAGCUGAAGAGGCCCCUGCAGAAGAGCCCCUGGAAGUUCAGUCUCCACCAGCUGAGGAGGCCCCUGCAGAAGAGGCCCCAGCUGAAGCUGAGCCUCCACCAGCUGAAGAGGCCCCUGCAGAAGAGGCCCCAGAGGUUCAGUCUCCACCAGCUGAGCAGACCCUUGCAGAAGAGGCCCCAGCUGAAGCUGAGCCUCCACCAGCUGAAGAGGCCCCUGCAGAAGAGCCCCUGGAAGUUCAGUCUCUACCAGCUGAGGAGGCCCUUGAAAAAGAGGCCCCAGAAGUUCAGUCUGUAUCAGCUGGGCAGGCCCCUGCAGAAGAGGGCCUAGGAUUUCAGUCUCCACCAGCUGACAAGGCCCCUGAAGAAGAGGCCCCAGAAGUUCAAUCUCCACCAGUUGAAGAGGCCCCUGAAGAAGCAGCCCCAGAAAUUCAGUCUCUACCAGCUGAGGAGGCCCCUGCAGAAGAGCCCCCAGAAGUUCAACCUCCACCCACUGAGGAGGCUCCUGCAGAAGAGACCCCUGCUGAACUUCAGUCUCCAUCAACUGAAGAAACUACUUCAGAAAUGGUCUCUGUUGAGAAACAGCCUUCAUUCACUGAAGAGCCCUUUAUUACACCAAUCUCUUUAGAAGAAACCUCUGCUGAAGUUCUGCUUCCACCAUCUGUGCAGACCCCUGCAGAUGAGGCUCUGGUAGAGAACGUGUCUCCAGUAGAUCAGGCCCCAAAUGAAGCAGACGUCCUGGUGGCAAAAUUAGAAUCAGGGAAUUUGGAAGAUAAGCCAAAAUCUGAAGAGCCUUUAGAACGGGAUACUGUUCCUAAAGAUUCAUCUGAUACCAAGAAUGAAGCAGUUUCUUUUGAAAUACAGGGUGUCAUCCACAUAGAACUGGAAUAA